CCGUGACGUUUUAAGCCUAAUUGUUAGUUGCCCUAGGAUUUGUUUUCUAGUACUUAAGCAACCUUUAAAAAGCUGCAGACUCUAUCCUUCAAGCCAGCUUUCCAGUUUCCAUUAUUUCUGGCGUGCGUGUACGUUAUGUUUAAUAAACAGGUUAAAUCCGUUACAUUUAUUAAACAGGUUAAAUCCAUGGGACGAAUUGCAGAGACUUGGAAGCUCGAUCCGUAGUAAACGGUCACAUGUGUUGAGGUUCACAAGGGCUGGGCUAUCUUGGGGUUUAUUGUUGUAAAGCCCUUGUUAUUCUGGCUGCGUCAUCCCGUAAGCUUAAGAGAAGGUGAGAGAAACUCUUGGGUGGAUUUGUGCUUUAAUUACUAUUUCAAUAAAUGUGUGAUCGGCCAUCUUCGAUCUUUCACUACUAUCAUUAGUUACCUGCUCAAGUAUUCUAUUCUAUGAUGGUAAAUCUCUUUUGGUAAACCAUGGCAUCUAUUCUAUGAUGGUCCACCCAAGAGUCACACUGUCACACAGUAUCCAGUCACCAACUGACAUUGGACUCACUCAACACACUGAAAUGGUGUGGCAGGACUACUCUUUCUGAUAUCUCCCAAAAGGACUUCCUUUAUUGUUUUAAGGUCUCCAUUGCACCAAGUUGAAAGGGAGCAUGGAAGAGAAGAAAGAGAGAACAGUGCUUAAUUCCUUUGUCAAUGGCGGAGUGGCUGCGCUUCUUAUUGAGUCUGCUCAAGGGCAUACGCCUACUCAAAAUUCCACAUGGUACUGAAGGACCACCUUCGAGACCAUCCCAUGUUGAGGGCGGUCUUUCACGUCCAGGUCAAGAUGUUUCCUGUUACAGCCUUGCUUGGAACCUUAUCUUAUAGUCAGCAGCUUGGAAUAUACGAGAUUCUGAGAAGAAGAGCAAUUUCUAGCAAUGAUGGUAAGCCACCGAGUCUUUUGCAGGAAGCUGGUUGUGGGUUGAUUGCUACAGCAGCAACAGAAUAUUUCAGCUAUCCAUUAUUCAUAGCGUGGCACAAUAAGAGGGUUAAAUCCAUGGGACCAACUGCAGAUUGUUGGAGAAUCAGAGACAAAUGGUCAGAUGUAUUGUUAGGUCCUUCCAUGAGGUCAAGAAUUGGUUUAGGCAUGGGUAUGCUUGCUUCCUAUAAUCCAAGUCUCCAUUAUUUCAUGGAAUCUAAGCGUUUUUCCGAAGGGGAUGCAAAGCUUGGCGCAGGGGCUAUUUCAGCAUUGUCUGCUGUUACAUGUGCUUCGCUUGCUUCCUCCUUCGAUUUUGUGAGUGAAGCUGUAAAAUCAAAACGACAAUUGCAUCCUACUGGAUUCUUUUUUCAUCUAUGUAGAGGUGCGCCUAUGAUCAUGGUAUUCUGGGCUGUUUUUGAACAACUCCAGAAAUAUUCCGCUGUGGUUGUUUGGAAAUGACAGGUGAGGUGAGGUUGGUUUGGCCAAAUAUUCCCCCACUGGAGCCUCACUCUUUGAGUGUUGGUGUCAAGCUUUCCUUGAGAUCUCAUAUCCUCUUUUGUUUAACCUCAUUAAGUCUGGAUUUGGAUUGGAUUUGAUUAAUCAAUAGUUUGACAUGACCAUGGUUUGUAGAAUUGAAUUAUUUACUGUGUCACUUAAUUUUAAAUUACUCACACCUUGUUGCAAUUGUGGUCUGUAAGCGUUCAAAUUGCAAACAAUGAUUGUUUAGUUGUUUGGCUUUUUAGUUGAAGCUAGAAUAUAUGUAAGCUUCAAUGCUCAGGCCCUUUGUCAAUGGCGGAGUUGCAGUGCUCAAGCACAUAUUUUUGGCUUUGCUUGCUGGAGCAUAUCUCAUCCUCCCAGGAUAUAAUCAUCCAUUUAAUUCGUCCCUUUGCGAUAUUGAAACCUAUACAAAUUAAUAUUUUAGCUAGAACAUUGAAGGCAUUACUUGCUCAUGAACAAAGAAAGUUGUUAAUACAGAUCAGUACGUUCUGCUGUUCAUUUUGAUGUCCAAAUGGUAUUGUGCUGCAGCUAUAUUUCGAGCUUAUGAUAUAACAGAUGGCAUGGAAGAUUGCAAUUUAACCCCAAAGUUUUGUGCAUUAAUUCUUGAUCAUAUACUGAGUAUUGAAUGAAACUGUAUGUUAUACAUCGAUCUGUGUUCUUUUAGUUAGAUCAGGUGCAGGGCAAUUUCAGCAUUGUCUGCAGCUGCU